CAGCUGCUCAGUUGCACUCGCCCACCCCUCAGCUCAGAGAACUUGUUUGGCACGGCCACACACUCCUGGAUCUGGAAGAAAUCGCUGGGCCACAACACAAAGACACACGAAGAGCCAUCCUAGACGUCUUUGCCCUAAAAUAGCAACUGGGACGGGCUCUGAGCUCCACCUCCGUCUCUUCCCUUUGCCAGCGGAGAAGUGCAGUGGCAGAGCACUGCACCGCCGCUCCCUCCCUGGAGGAUUGCCGAGCUCCCUGCCGUGCCUUGCUCUGAGCUGCCCAGCCAGAGGAGCAUGUCCUGAUCUGGAUCUUGUGAGAUGGCAGCAACCGAGAGCUUCAGUGCCGCCCACCCUGGAGACCCCCAGCCCGGGGACCUGAUUGAGAUCUUCCGGCCAGCGUACCAGCACUGGGCCCUCUACCUGGGAGACGGGUACAUCAUCAAUGUGACACCCGUGGAGGAGGGACCACCGGCCACAUUUGGCAGCGCCAAGUCGGUGUUCAGCCGAAAGGCCAUGGUGAGGAUGCAGCUCCUGAAGGAGGUGGUGGGAAACGACACCUACCGCAUCAACAACAAGUACGACGGCACCUACGCUCCCCUCCCUGUGGAGGAGAUCAUCCGGCGUGCCGAGUACCUCAUCAACCAGGAGGUGUCCUACGACUUGCUGGGCAACAACUGCGAGCACUUCGUCACGCUGCUCCGCUAUGGCGAGGGGGUCUCUGAGCAGGCCAACCGAGCCAUCAGUGCCAUCGGGUUUGUGACGGCAGCUGCCGGUGCCUUCUCCCUGCUGGGCCUGCUGCGGAGCCGGACCCGAGAGAGGCAGUACUGAGGGGCUGCAGGGCAGGGGCUGCUGGCAACACGGGGUGCUUCGUGGCCUCACUCCCAGCAGCGCCUCUCACAGAGGGCAGCCCCAGCCUGUUUGCUACAGCUGCCAUCGUGGCAUUGCCAGCGAUGUCUGGCAGCGCUCACGAGCCAAUUAUCCUCGUGCCUCAGGGCUCUGCUGAGGGCUUUUGGCACAUACACUGUUCGUACAGACCGCGUCCUGUGGGCUUUCUGUGAAUAACCUUUCCUAACCUGUGUGAAGGAAUAUUUUUACUUUUGUUUUUAACCAUUUUUUUUUCCUUACGGGAAGUAAUGCAGCAGCACUGCUGUUGAGGCCCAUGCAGGACUGGAUAGAUGAUCUUAGAGGUCUUUUUCCAACCGUAAUGAUUCUAUGGUUCUGUGAAUAUAAGGAAUUGCCCCUGGGCACCGCAGGGCAGCCUUUGUGCCUGGAGCUGGGCCUGCUGCACUGCACUGACCAGCGUGACAGAUCCUAGUUGCAGCACAAGUGGUGUCUUCCCCCAGCCAGCAGGACAGCACAGCCCAUGUCCCACACCUGGAGGAUGAGAUGUGCAACAGCUCCACACCUAGAGAGCCUCACCAUCUCCAAGCACAAAGCUGGCAUGCGGCUUGUCCUAGGAGAAAGCUAUUGAGUGGAAGUGUGGUUUAUUACUCUUCAUGGAGAGUACUUGGCUUGCGUGUUUGGAACUGUAUUUUUUUGCAGGUUGCAUAUAGGAAAUGAAAUCCAGUGGUGCCUUCACCACGUGCAGCUGCCUGGACUGUAAGAAGAGAUGGGAGCAAGAGCUGUCAGUAAGCAGCUUGCUAUUUUUGUCUGCUCUCACUAUGUAUAUAACUGGACCAAAGGCUUUUUUUAAACAACGGUUGUUUCAGCGUUUGAAAUAACAAAGCCAAGCCUUCUGGUCAUAUUUUGUAGUUAAUACAAUUAAAUAAUACUGUUGGUU